AUGUACGUUUGUGCUCGGUGUGUCUACGUAGUCCAUAAAGAUUGUGUCUAUCACCCUUAUGUCAUAAGAAUAUCUCGUCACCACCACCGUGUCUCCUUUACCUCCUCUCCUCCAUCAAAAAAAUUGAUUUGCGGGGUGUGUCGUCGAAAGGUCGACAGCAGUUAUGGAGCAUACGCUUGCAAUAAGUGUGAUGACUAUUUUGUUCAUACAAAAUGCGCAUUGAGGAAAGACUUGUGGGAUGGGAAAGAGCUAGAGGGAAUACCUGAAGAACCUGAGAUGGUUGUUGAGCCAUUGGAGAGGUUUAGUGAUGGAGUAAUACUUCAUUUUUCUCAUGAUCAUCGUCUGAAACUCGAGAUCAGUGGAGCUUACGACGAAGAAAAGUUUUGUCAAGCGUGCAGCCUUCCAAUCUACGAGGGUAGUGUUGGGAAAGAUAGCGGAUAA